AGGUCUCAAUUAAGAAGAUCAAGAACAGUUUUCAACCACCCAGGGGAGAGUGUUUGAUCGGCUUGACAAAUAAAAAUCUUGAAAUCGAUGUAAAGAAAACGUGGAACAAGUAGAUCAAGGUCAUUGCUUGCAGCCGUUUUGAUGGUUUCCUCCUUUCAACACAACGCUGCACACCACGUGGGAACAUUUUUUGUCGUAUAACUAGGAUGUGCUCCUGUGAACCAAAUAGCCCAAAAGGCGAAGCACUAGACUAGGAAGCACCGCAAGUAGAAGUUUAUUGUUGUGUAACACAGGGAUAGCAGGGGCGACACAGUAAUAGCUCUUGACGACUUAUUUCACUUUCUCCAGGAUCGCAGCGACAAAACAAUCAGAGCAUCUAUUGGUUCAUUUAUUUUCGUUACAUUUUUUGAACAGACACGACAUUGUGAUGCUCCUCCAAGAGAAGACAUUUUGAAGUGAAAAAAAAGACCUCUGACACGGACGAUUAGGACUGAUUUUUCUGACAGAUGUGCUAUUCUACCAAUGCUCGCAUUGAUAUUGGGUUGGAGUAGGAGUACUCCGUUCUAGUUGCUCUAGAAUAUUUGAUAUAAAUUUGUAUAAUUUCACCAUAUUGGUCAACAUACCAUCAUCACCAUGGGCUACAGCAAUUCGAGCCGCGACCACCACUACGACCGGCGGGGCGGGGACAGAGACCGAGACCGAGAGCGGCGACACCAUGAUAACAGCACUCGACGAGAUGAUGACCGCGACCGGAGAGGAGCAGAUCCUAGAGCAGAUAGAGAUCGACACCACCGCGCCGAUGGAGAGCAGCGGAUGAAAAAGCCUCGCGAGGACGCCAAGCGGUCCGCCCGAGCUGGCGCCGAGGAUGUUGAGAGGGCUACGACCGAGGACUUCAUCGAGACCCACAAGCGGGCGAACAGCCGGCACCACGAGCAAGUCGCGCAGCAGCAGCAGUACCAGCGGGAGCUGUUUAUGAAUUGCAAAAGUGUAGUCGUACGAGUGUUAUAAAUUGCAUUACAAAUAAUUUGUAUUUGAAUUUGCGCAGCAUUACAAAUGGAAUUUGUAAUGCUGUUUUACCUUACAAAGAAGAUUUGUCAUGCAUAUAUUGCAAUUACUACGAGUGCGAUACUUUUUCACUGGAUACUGUACUUGCAGCAACAACAGCAGGACAGCCAGUUGAACGUGAAAAAGGCGCGGUCGGAGAUGCUCCGGGAGCAGCUGAAUUACACCAACGAGGAGAACCCCUUCGGGGACAGCAAGCUCACCGAGAAGUUCACGUGGCACAAGAAGAACGAAGCGGACGGCAACCGGAAGCUGACGAAGGAGGAAAAAAUUGCCAUGAACGCGGAAAUAUCAAAUGCAAAAGUGUCUGGGUCUGGAAGAAUGCAACUUGUAAUGCGUAUUUCAGAACACAGAAAAGGCUCUCAUGCAUGCGUCGCAAGAAAAGCUGCCCACUUUUUGUCAGCAAAAUAGGGGACUUGUCAUGCGGAUUCGGCAUUCUUGCGGAAGCUUCUCGAAACCUGUGAUGCUAGAGCUUCCACGCCAGACCUUUUGUGUCAUGCAAAAACAGCAUGACUCUUCCAAACCCAGACAUUUUUACAUUUGAUAGGAAAAGAUCAAGGAAAUCCAAAAAGUCCGGGCCCGGCGGGAGGAGCGAGAAAAGGAGCGCCUGGAGCUGGAGCAGCAGCGGGAAUUGCUGGAUAUGCAUUGCAAAUAUGUCUGGGUCGUCUGGAACAUUCAACAUUGCGAGACUUGUAAUGCUGAACGCCCAUAGUCCUGAACUCCAACUCUGUCAUGCAUGUUGCGGAAUAGCACCGCAGCUUCUGUUCGAUUUCGAAGAAACAAAGGGUUGUUUCUCAUGCGCGUGACGCACCACAGAACCUUCGCUCAAAAACUGCUCAUGCGUUGCUGUGUACCUACUGUGCUGAGUUUGUGAUUCAUGCAUUAGCAUGACAAUUUUCCAGACCUCCCAGGCAUAUUUGCAAUGCAUAGUGGAAAGGGAAAAGCAAAUGGAAGAGAACAACGACUGGUUUAACAAGGAAGACUAUCAAGUGCGAAAGUGUUUGGGUCUGGAAGGUUGGAGCUUGUGAUGCUAACUUUGGGCUCUAAAAAAAUCUGUAUUGCAUGAUCAGCAAGACGAGGAGUCUAGUUUGUGCGACGAGAGGAGGGCAUUUGUCAUGCGCAAUAGGCAUCAGGAAGGGUGCUAAAAAUCUGUGAUGGUAGGGCAUGCAUCACACACAAUCCUGGAUCAUGCAAAAUAUGCAUGACAAACCCGGCAAGAUUCUAGACCCAGACACUUUUGCAUUUGAUAAAGACGAGUUUCAGUACGUCCAGACGGUGGAGAAGGCGCACAUGAGAAUCCAGCAGAUAUCAAGAAGAAAAAUCACCCCUCCCCAUAUCAAAUCGGAAAUCUGUGAUGCAGAUUUGUGGUCACAGAUCAGCUUUGUCAUGCUAGAAGGGAAAAGAUGCGGACUAUGGUGCCGGUUGGUGUGCUGGGAAAGCCUUGCAUCUUCAGCAUGACAGGAGGCAGCUGGAAGUGGGAAGCACAAUGGCAAAUCGCCUGCAAUCGAGGCCACAACUGCGGCUCUUGGCCUUCUAGCAUUACAAGUCGACUUGUGUACUCAAAUACAACACUACAAAUUUCGUUUUCGAUAUGGGGCGGAGGGGGAAUUUUUUCUUUGGAUAGCGGAGACGCGAGAACCUCUUGGAUUUGCUGCUGUGCUCCCUCUAUGCUCUGCAAAAGUAUCGUACUCGUAAUAAUUGUAAUCAUGCAUGACAAAUCUUGUUUCUUAGCCAAAUCAGCAUUACAAACUUCAUUUUUCCACUUCUCGGAAAAUUUGUAUUGCGAUUUAUACUAGUACGAUGCUUUUGCAAUGCAUACCCUCCUGGUCUGCGACAACGACAUUGUGAAGGCGGUUAGUAACGAGUUCUCCGGCACCGGGGCGCACGUAUGCAUUGCAAAAGUAUUUUCACACUUCUACACUACGUAGAAAUCGCAUGGCAAAUUUUCUCAGCAUGAAAAAUGAAAUUUGUAAUGCUGGUUUACUGUAAGAAGAGGAUUUGUCAUGCACCGUGUCCAUGCCUGCGAUUACUACGGUACGAGUGCGAGGAUACUUUUGCAAUGCAUAGCACGGGUUGCUCGACGACGGGAGCGCGGAGUUGAAAAAGAAGCGGGAAAACCUGUCCGGCGACAUCGUUAUGAACUGCAAAAGCAUCGUACUCGUAUAAAUGCAUUACAAACUUCCUCAGCAUGAGAAAUAAAAUUUGUCAUGCGGAUUUACCUUAAGAAAAAAAUUUGCAAUGCAAGACUUGCAUUUAAUAUACGAGUACGAUACUUUUGCACAGGAUAAUCGUUUUGCUCGACCAAAACCCGGUGGACAAAAUCGAGCAAGUUUUGUCGCACGGGCAGCUGAGAAUUCUCCUCGACGGCGCGAAAUUGGUCGACGACACGAAACACUACGACUACUGGAAGUCGCUCUGUUUGGUGUUGCAAUUCAACAUUGACAAGAUGAACAACUUGAAGAACGCCGGGGAAAAUUUGGACCGGGACCUGCACGAGCUGUUGGAGGGGCAGUCCACCGAGGAACUGGAGCAGACCAGGCUGGAACUCGAGGAGUCUCUGGAAAACGAAAAAUACAACGACCCGGAGGACUACACGGACUACGUGUUCUACAAACGCGUCAUCGAGCGGAUCCCGCUCUACCAGGCACGGUGCCUGCUGGCUUUCAAGCACUUCGAGUCGCUUCGCUUGGCCAAGGAGGUCGCGAUGGGCAGUCGGGGCAAGAUAUCCUGUGUAAAAACGUCCCCAGCCCAGAGUUGUCAUGCAAAUGUGCAAUGACAGGAACAGUUGUAAUGCGCAGUUCCAUGAGACGAGGCAUUUCCAAUCGUGUUUUGGAAUUUGUAAUGUUGUAAACAGGUUGAGAGUGUGGCUUUCUCAUGCGGCUUCCCUUGCCAACCAGCACUACACUGCAGAGGGAAAGAACUUGUCAUGCACAGCUCCCAAAGCUUGGAGAUUUGUGUUGCUAGAUUCCCAACUUGACGUAUGUGGCCGGGACGUUUUUGCUUAGGAUACAAGAUCGCGGUGCGCCAGUCGCAAGGGAUCAUCGACGACAGCAAGUAUGAGGCAAAACAUAUCAAAAGGAAAAAUCCCCCCUCCCCAUAUCAAAGCGAAGUUUCUGAUGCUGGAUUUGCGUACACAAAUCAGAUUUGUCUUGCUAGAGAAGACUUCUGCAGGUCUAUGCUGAGCCUGAAUAGAAGGUUUUGGCCUAGGCGCUGAGCAUGGCAAACGUCUGGUCUGUAGGGCCAACAGCAUCACAAACUGCUUGCAGAAUCCGGCGGAGCCUGUGGAGUUGCGUUCUUGCAAGACAGAGACGAUUUGCGUUUGCGAGUCAGCAUUACAAAUCGUGCCUUUUCUAUAUGGGGAGGGGGGAUUUUUCCUUACGAUAAAACAGGAGCUGAACACCUACGGGGGAGACAAUAUUUGGGGAAACCGGCGGGAGAUUAUCACGGAAAUAUGACAGUGCACAACUCCCUGCCCCCUCAUUUGUAUAGCAUGAACGGCAAUACAAGCAUCAGCAAGAGUGCCAGUCUUGCAUGACAAAUUUGCACUGGAUUAUAGUGCUAUUUCAGCUACCAAAAUUUGUCAUGCACGCAGUGCCAAGAGGCAAAGGGUAGUAAAUUGGGUACUUUGCAUGACAAACGAGGGGGAGGGGGAGUUGUGCACGGUCAUAGGAAACACUAGACGACGUGAAGGGCCUCGGGGUGAACAUCGGGGGCAAGUCUGAUAUCUCCGAAGUCGCGCAAAAUAUCCCACGAAAAAACUGUUUCACUGUGAACUUGUGAUGCAUGGAAUGGAACACAAAACUAUUUGUCUUGCUGCACAUGCAUAGAGCAUUGGAGUUUCAAGUGUGUUUUUCCCUAUGGGAACUGUGCGCAUGGCAAAUUUUCUGUGCCAUGUGUAACAAACUACUUGUGAUGCAGAUCUUGCAAAAUCAUCACAGUGAAACAGUUUUUCCCUGCGAUACAAAACGCAGCAAAAGCAGUCGCGGCCUCGAAAAACGCGGGAGGGGCGGGGGCGAAAGAUGUACUUUUAGACUUACUUUAUAAAAUUUGGAUAGGAUAGCUUAGCUGCAGCUUGGUUGAUGAUCAUCUUUUUUCCUCGGUUGUAAAUGCAAGACAUUCGUCAUUCGUUCUCGUUUCAUUAAGUGUAGUGAGCAUAGCGAAUGCUUAGUUGUGUUGCUCAUUUCCCUAACUUUCGCCACCUCGGUUGUAGUACAUCGAUCUUGUGUCAAAUUAGGUUCUUCUUGAAUGAAGUCCGAUACUAAACCUUAUCAACAGCCCAACGCCAAGGGUCCGCAGCGCAGCACGGUGAUGACGCGCGACAUGAAAGCGGAUAUCAAAACCGAGGCUGCGAAAGACCAAUUUGAAAUGGACGACGACGACAAGGCCUACAGUUCCGACGACGAGGAGGCCAAACCCUACAAGACCCGGUAUGGCGUUCUCAAGCGUUACAUUCUCAAUUGCGACACGAUUUGUCAUGCAAAAUGAGCAUCAACAUCCACACAGUGAAGAUGGUUUGACAACUUUGAGCAUCAACUGGUCGAUGGUUUGACAGCUGUGGUCUGUGCACUUGCCCUGUUCGCCCGUGCCGCAGGUAAGGCACAAACGGCCCAGCCUCCCCUGUCCGGGCGGGGUUGCGGUUUAGGGGAGAGUCUCGCCCCUUAACCCAAAGGGGUACGUCGUCUCUUCCGUGAGAACAAAAACGUAAGGCGUAAAAUGGGUCGGGUCCUGGAUCGUUCUGUAUGUUGGGCUGUCGCGCUCGGCUAGCUGGCCGGGCUGUACUGAUCAGGUGUGGUGGGUAGCUCCCGACUGGUUGGCACUUUUCAAGGGGCGACUUGCCGUGGUAGCGCUCGGCUUUUGUAUGAUGAGGUCGCCGAAAGUGCUUCCUCGUCCAUCCCCCCGGGGAGGGGAUCCUUGACCUGUGGCGCUGGGAGCGGGUGUCCACUACAUGAUGAUGAUGAAGAGGCUACUUCGCAUGACAAAUGUUGGAAAGGCUAAACAGCACCUAAAUCUUAUCUGCGCGGAGUUUCUAAUGCUACAGGUGCAACCUCCAUUCUUUGUCUCUUGCCAUUUUUGCAUUAGAAAUUUAUGUAACAGUUGAGAAUGUAACGUUUGAGAACUCCAUACCCGGCGCAAGCAGUACUUCUGUCCCGAGCCGCGACAGAUUUAUGCUGAGUAAAACCGUCCCCACCCCAGGGUCGUCAUGCAAAUCUGCAUGCCAAAAAAGUUUCUCAUGCGGAGCCCCAUGAGAAGCAUUUUCUAGUCGUGUUAUGGAGUUUGUGGUGCUAGAAUCAGCAUGAUAUGCUAGAGCUGUGAUGCUGCUGAACUAGCGAAACAGGAUCACACUAUGACGGCAAACUUGUCAUGCGAAACAGCGAAAGCUGGGUGAUUUGUCUAGCAGAUUUCCCAUCUUGACUCUGGUGCGGGGACGUUUUUAAACAGGAUAAGAUGGACGACGGUUUUACGAUGGACGGCCGCACCGGGGAGGAGGGCAUGGAGGACAACGGUGGCGGCGCCGCGGGCAGUUCCCCCAUGAAGAUUUCGCCCGAGUCACCUGACCCCGAGGACGACGAAGAUGAGGAGAGCGAGUUCAUCAGUCUGAGCCCACGACUGGUCCCCCUGAAGCAGCACAUCAAGCGCGACCAGCUGGAGGAACAGCAAGAGAAGAAUAGCGGCAAUAAAGACGCGUCUUCGUCGAAUAAAGACAAGAACAGUCUGACCAAUAUCAACUGUAAAAGUGUCUGGGUCUGGAAGAAUGCCAGACUUGUCAUGCAGAUUUUACAUGACUCAUGAGGUCUCGCAAGUAGGACAGAGCAUGACAGAUUCUGUGAGAGUUCUAUCAUGCCUCUCCUGCAUGAGAAACUGCCUCUCGAUUAGGUCAAAAGUGGACAGCUUUUGGCUAUCAUGCAACACAGAUUUUUGCAUGCUUCCAGUUUAGCAUGACAAGUUGCAUUCUUCCAGACCCAGACAUAUAUUUUUACAUUUGAUAACCAAAAUUCAGUCCAUGACCUCUCUCGACGACAUCGAUUCGCUGAUUCAGUCCCAGCAGAUGGAUAUGCACUGCAAAAGUUGUAUCGUACAACCUUGUAUAAAUGCAUCUCAAAUUUCCUCAGCAUGAGAAAUAUGAAUUUGUAAUGCGGAUUUUGCUUCAGAAAAAGAUUUGUGAUGCAUUUUCACAAUUCCUACGAGUACGAUGCUUUCGCAGUGCACAAUGGAUUUCAAACUCCUAACCCUGGACGAGGACGAGAAACAGCGGCGGAAAAAUUUUAUCGAAAGAAAAAAAGUUACAGUUACACAUUUGUAGUGAAUUCAGCAUCACAAAGUUGCCCCGCAUGACCACAGAGGAAGCUUGCAAUGCAGAGAUUAUAAGGCAAAAGCUAACUCGAACGAGGCUCGCAAGCAUUUUGCGCAUGACAGAGGCUGUCUGUCUUGCUGGUUUUGCAUCACAGUGUGUAAUAACUGUAACACUUUUUCUUGGGAUAAAUUUCCAAAACUUGCUCCUCAGAUACGGCGAAGAGCCGGACGAACAGGGGGAUAAGUGGCUGGAAAUGAUGCGCAACCGCGAGGGCGCCUCAACCGGCAACGAUUAUCCCGAGCAAAAAUGUCCCCACCCCGUAGUCAAGUUGGUAAAUCUGCAACACAAAUUCCGAAGUUUUGGGAGUUGUGCAUGUCAAGUUUCCAUCUGCAGUGUAGUGGUGGUUAGCACCAAGGGAAUCCGCAUGACAAAGCCACUGUCUCACCCUAUUUACAGCAUGACAAAUUCCAAAACACGUCUGGGAAUUCCUCUCAUGGAGAUGCGCAUUGCAAAUCGAUUCCUGUCAUUGCGGAUUUGCAUGACAAGAACUCUGGGGUCGGGACGUUUUUGCUCAGGAUAACGACUGGGCCGACUUCAACGUGGGGGGCAAAGUCGACGUAUCCUGUGCAAAAGUAUCGUACUCGUACUGAUCGCGUUCAUGCAUUACAAGUUUCUUUCUCAAGUGAAAUCCACAUGACAAAUUUUAUUUUUCAUGCUGAGGAAGUUUGUCAUGCGAUUUAUACUAGUACGAUGCUUUUGCAUGUCAUACGACGACGCGGUGGCUAAUUUACCGAUCGACAGCGAAACUGGCAUGCUGAUCGAGGGAGCCGCCGGUCCCGCUGCUGGAAUAAACAAGGCGAAAAAUAACGACACCCACCACGGAUUGGUGCAAUUGAGCAAAAUCCACUACGAUUGGGAGAAGAAGUACCGACCACGCAAGCCGCGGUUUUUAUCAAAUGUAAAAAUAUCUGGGUCUGGAAGAAUGCUAGACUUGUCAUGCAGGUUUUCCAUGACUCAUGACGUCUGGUAUGUAGGACAUAGCAUGACAGAUUCUGUGAGAGUUCUAUCGUGCCUAUCCUGCAUGAGAAACUGCCGCUCGAUUAGGUCAAAAGUGGGCAGCUUUUGGUAAUCGUGCAACACAGACUUUUACAUGAUUCAGAUUUAGCAUGACAAGCUGCUUUGUUCCAGACCCAGACAUUUUUGCAUUCCAUAGCUUUUCAACCGUGUGAAAACCGGGUUUUGGUGGAACAAGUUAUCAGAAUGAAAAAUCCCCCCUCCCCGUACUUAUUCAAACGGAAAUUUCUGUUGCUGGAUUUGCGUACACAAAGUAGAUUUGUCUUGCUGUCGAGGACUGCAGGCGCAUAUCAAGCCUGAGAAGACAGGUUUUGGCCUAGGCGCUUAGCAUGACAGACGUCUACGCUGUAGGAGUAUGAGCAUGACAAACCGCUUGUAGAAUGCGGCGGCGCCUGUGGAGUUGCCUUCAUGCAAUACAGAGACGAUUUGUGGUCACAAAUCAGCAACGCAAAUUUUCGAAAACGUGCCUGGUCAUGAUGGGGAGGGGGGAUUUUUCCUUGUGAUACAAGUACAACUCCACCCACUACGACACCGAGGUGCCGCCCCCGAAAGUGGUGCAGGGGUACCGAUUCAACAUUUUCUACCCGGAUUUGGUGGACGCGAAGCGAUCCAUAUCCUGUGCAAAAGUAUCGUACUCGUAGUAUUUGUAUUAUAUCGCAGCUGUGUGUAUGUAUUACAAAUCUAGUUGGUUAGGUAAGUUCGCAUUACAGAUUCAAUUUGUAAUGUUGAGCUUAUUUGUAUUGCGAUUUGUACUAGUACGAUACUUUUGCAGUGCAUAAUCCACGCCGAAAUACUACAUUGAGAAGGACCAGACGCAGGGGAACACCAUGGAGACGCAGGAAACGGUACUCUUACGGUUCUCCGCCGGGGCGCCCUACGAGGACAUUGCGUUCAAAAUUGUGAACAAGGAGUGGAACCUGAAUCCGCGAAGGGGGUUCCGGGCGGUCUACGAUCGCGGAGUCUUGCAGCUCUACUUCAACUUUAAGGGAUUCAAUUACCGGCGAUAGUUUUUAUUUUCCCCUCAACAUGUAGUAGUUGGGGCUUGCUGUGGAGAAGGAGAACCUGCUGUGUGGAUGGUGUCCGUGUGUAGAAGUUUGAUGUUCCGAGGACCUGCAGCUGGUGCUGUGCCACUCGCAGCAGGGGUGAGUCUUUGUCUUGCUGGUGGAACAAGACGCGUGCAGCAGCUAGUACAGCUACUACAACCAGAGCAACGAGGACCACAACCUCAACCACGUCAGAGCAGUGAAAGACGAAUUGGUGACACACACUGUCACCAGUGUGUUGUGCCUCUACAACCAAGCUCCUGCGCGGCCCCCGAGGUGCAGUUCUUGUGGUCUACUUUCUUAAAGUACCUCCUGCACGACAGCGACCCAAAUGGACGGGAGGGACCAUGUUGAAGAAGAAGGGUUCUUUGCCGCGGGGUCGUAAGCAAGUAGUUGUAAGUGAAAAUAUCAACAUGUUCUUCGCACCAGUAAAGCUAAAACUCGCUCUCGCGGCUUUCCUCCCCUGGCGAAGCAGAGGCUGCUAUUGGUGUCUCAAACCAGCCAGUACUAUCACAAACCUUAACCUGUUGAAAAAAAAAAAGGAUUUCAAAAUGAAUGUGAGCAGUAGAUGAGAGCGGCG